AAAUAAAUUGGCAUAAAUUUUAUUUAAAGUGAAUAGAAAUCUUACUCUGGUAAAAAUAGAAAAUUAAUUUAGGUAUAUAUGUGACAAAAAUACUUUAGUCUUUGAUAAGAGUUGGUCGUUGAAGCGAGAGAGAAAUAUAUUUACCUGGGAAAAAAAUAUAUUUGUCAGUAAGAUAGUUACAAUUUUGGAAACAACUGAAAAAUACUUAAUCAGGAAAAAAAUCAGUUUGUGUAUGGAGGUUGUAUAGAAGAAUCAGCAAGGUCAGCAGGGCAGUAUAGAGGACUUACAGCUCUAUGAGACCUUUAGCUGCGACCUUCUUGUACAGUGGCGCCUGCAGGCUGUGUUGUGGUCAGCCUGAAGGUGGCCGAAUAUGACGGAGGUGGUGGCGCAGAGCUGCGGCUGCGACUCCAGUAGUCGAGCCCAAACUGCGGCCGCUGCGGCCUUCCUUGGCCCCAGAGGUACUACUGCGGCCGCUUCGGUCUUACCUGGCCCCAGAGGUACUACUGCUCACAGCUGGCGCCUCCACCUGCUUACUGGCGGAGCACCUACUGAGGACUUGCCUUCCCGGAGCCUAACUCAGGGACAUCAUCCUGCCAGGGGCGUGGCAAGCAGGACUCUCACUCAAGAACUCUCCUUACUGCUGCUACUGACGGAGGCUCUUACCACCACCACCACCACCACUAUGCUCUGCUACGCGCUGCUUCAGGCGCAUGAUGUGGUGGCGCACGAGGUGUACGGAGACGAAGCCAUCCGUGUGACGCCGCCCCCGCUCCUCCCCUACCUCAACGGCGGUGACGAGGUGGAUCCGGCCAACGGUGACGUUGACAUGGAGAACAUCACCCGGGUCAGACUGGUCCAGUUCCAGAAGAACUCUGACGAGCCAAUGGGUAUCACACUGAAGAUGAACGAGGAAGGUCGGUGUAUCGUGGCACGCAUCAUGCACGGUGGCAUGAUCCACCGCCAGGCAACACUGCAUGUGGGAGACGAGAUCCGCGAGAUAAAUGGAGUUCCUGUGGCCAACCAGAGCGUUGAUAUCCUGCAGAAGAUGCUGAGGGAAGCCCGUGGUUCAGUGACCUUCAAGAUCGUCCCGUCGUACAGGAGCGCUCCGCCCCCCUGCGAGGUACGUCAUACCUAUACAUGCCCAUACCUGCCCAUAACAACCCCCCGUUCUUCCCUCAACCCCUAUUUAAUACCCUGCAUCCCCUACAUAGCUGGUCACUGA